GAAAUGCUUCAUUGAUAUAAAUACUUUAAAUCAUCACAGAAAUGUGUCGUUGAUAUGAUCAUUUUUGUAUUGUCAGCAGCAGCCACUGCCAUGUCUCACGGUCUGCCCUCGCCGAUGGGGGAGGGAUUCGGGGCUCAGGUGUCCUCUCACGUCUCACAAUCACCGACAUUAUCCAACAUCAGCGCAUUUCCCCCACGCAGUUCUAUGGCCGCUACAGCGACAUGGGUGGGAAAUAACACAGCAACAUAUACCUCUUCACAGGAUCCUCAAUUCUGGAACAACAAUCACAUGCAGUCAUCUGAUGUGCAGUCCUUACCUCCCCUUACCAACCAAAACCCCCCUGAGUUUUGGUGUACCAUUACGUACUUUGAGCUGGACCAGCAGGUUGGCGAGACGUUUAAGGUGCCGUACAGUUACGCUCGAGUGACCGUGGACGGUUAUACCGACCCGUCCAGUCUAGACCGGUUCUGUCUGGGUCAGCUGUCUAAUGUCCACCGCACGGAAACCAGCGACAAAGCCAGGUUACACAUUGGUAAAGGCGUGCAGCUGGACUACAAUGGGGAGGGGGAUGUGUGGAUUAGAUGUGUUAGUGAUCACAGCGUGUUUGUCCAGUCCUACUACCUCGACAGAGAGGCAGGGAGACAGCCGGGGGAUGCAGUCCACAAAAUCUACCCCAGCGCCUAUAUAAAGGUGUUUGACAUACGUCAGUGUCAUCGACAGAUGCAGGAGCAGGCUGCCACGGCUCAGGCGGCAGCAGCAGCUCAGGCCGCCGCGGUGGCAGGAAACGUCCCGGGACCCGCAUCUGUAGGCGGCAUCGCUCCAGCUGUCGGCCUGAGUGCCGCAGCAGGGAUCGGGGUGGACGAUCUGAGAAGACUGUGUAUAUUACGUCUGAGCUUUGUGAAGGGCUGGGGACCGGACUACCCCCGACACAGUAUAAAGGAGACUCCAUGCUGGAUCGAGGUACAGCUGCACCGACCGCUACAGCUUCUAGACGAGGUCCUACAGACCAUGCCCAUAAACGAACCCCGACCCCGCGGAUUCUUCCUCGGUUGAUUGACCUUUUGACCCAGGGAGUCAUGACAGCAUUUCUGUAUGUUAGUGUAUCCUCGGUGUUUUUAAAAUCAACUUACCACCUGCGGUGUUGUUUGUUAACAUCCAACUGUUCUUACUCUGUUGUUCCAUGGGGAUGUUUUUAUAUAUAUAGUGAUGUUAC